AUGAGAUCAGCACACGGCAGGAGAUUCGGCAACAUAUCAUAUGCUCUAGGAGGAUACUCAGAUCACAAGGAACACGGAAAGAUCGUAGAUGGUGAGAAAGACAAGUGGAGACCAGAUUGGCAGGCAGUAAAGGCCACUAUUGAGUUUGCAAAGGCGACAGGCAGACUGCAAUAUCAGGAGUGA